AUGUCAACCAUGGUGUUGUUUUAUUUAAUUCUAACUUUAGUUAAUAUUAUUCCAAUUGAUAGUUCACUUAGUUCAUGUCGUCAAACAUUUGGUGCAAAUAAAUAUGAUCUUAAUAAAUUAGAUCAUUUAACACUUUCAGGUGGCGAUACACAAUUUCGAUAUCUUCUUACUCCUUGUGGUAUAGUUCCAGCAGAUAAAUGUGGAAAGAGUCCAGCUCCAUUAGACAAAGGUAUAACUUCAUGUCAAGAACGAAUUGCAACAAGUAGUUUUGAAUCAGCUAUGGGUUAUCUUGAUGGAUAUGGUAAAUCUCCUAAUCUUGAAUUUAAAGAAAAUCCACAAGGACCAGGUACUGGAGUUGUUAUGACUAUGCGCAAUGCUAAAUGUAAUAUGAAUGAACGUCUUGUAAAAAUUACAUUUAUUUGUGAUACAAGUAUUACAAAUCCAACAACAAUGGAUGUAAAAGAAAAUCCUACGUGUCAAUUUGAUAUUACAGUUAAAGCAGCAGGAGCUUGUCCAAUUAAAGAAGGUGGUGUAUCAGGUGGUACUGUUUUUAUUAUUAUAUUACUUGUUUUAGUGAUUGUUUAUUUGCUUGGUGGUAUUUUAUACAAUCGAUUUAAAGAAAAACAAACUGGUUUAGCAGUUUUACCACAUCCAGGUUUUUGGUUACUUAUUGUUGGACUAGCACUCACUGGUUGUAGAUUUUGUAUUAAUUCUAUUCGAAAUUGUUUUCAAGGAAAUUCAGCAACAUCAUCAGGAAAAUACGAAUCUGUAUAA